AUAAAUCAUAUAUUUGCCUUCAGUUUUCAGUUACACCAUCGCUUGAACUCGUUCAUCCCGUUACUUCAAUCUCCGAUCCAGCCAAAACAACCACCGGAAAAUUAACAUUAUCGCCGGAUCUGAUCAUUCCGGCGCCGAUGGAAGCACACGGCGUCAGUUUCCGCCGUGUUCUGGAGCUCGCAUUUUGCGUCGCCGGUAUCUGGUCCGCUUAUAUUUAUCAAGGCGUUCUUCAAGAGACUGUGUCUACUAAACGAUUCGGCCCCAACAAGGAAAGGUUUGAACAUCUGGCAUUUCUAAACUUCGCACAGAGUUCUGUUUGUUUGAUAUGGUCAUUCAUGAUGAUAAAGCUGUGGCCCAGUAAAGACACUGGUCGUGCUCCAUGGUGGAGUUACUGGAGUGCUGGCAUUACUAAUACUAUUGGUCCAGCUAUGGGGAUUGAAGCAUUGAAAUACAUCAGUUAUCCCGCUCAGGUCCUGGCAAAAUCCUCGAAGAUGAUUCCGGUGAUGGUAAUGGGGACACUAGUUUAUGGUAUCCGAUACACUUUGCCGGAGUAUCUCUGCACUCUCCUUGUUGCUGGAGGGGUGUCUGCAUUUGCACUUGCAAAGUCUAGCUCAAAGACGAUAAGCAAGUUGGCUCAUCCUAACGCUCCACUUGGAUACGGUCUUUGUUUCCUAAAUUUGGCCUUUGAUGGUUUCACAAACGCAACACAAGAUUCAAUCUCCGCAAGGUACCCAAAAACGGGUGCGUGGGAUAUAAUGCUUGGGAUGAAUUUAUGGGGUGCUAUUUACAAUUUUGUCUUCAUGUUUGGUUGGCCACAAGCAAGCGGUUACCAAGCGAUUGAAUUCUGCAAGAACCACCCUGAAGCCGGGUGGGAUAUACUAUACUACUGUUUGUGUGGUGCAAUUGGUCAAAAUUUCAUAUUUUUCACCAUUAGCCGGUUUGGUUCGUUAACUAACACCACUAUCACAACAACUAGAAAGUUUGUGAGUAUUGUGGUGUCAUCAGUGGUUAGUGGCAACCCAUUGUCCAGAAAGCAAUGGGGUAGUGUGGUUAUGGUGUUUAGUGGAUUGUCGUACCAGAUUUACCUCAAAUGGCAGAAAGCGCAGAAGAAGAGGAAGACUAUGUGAGGUGUGAUGCGUGUUUUACAUACAAAAUGCUAUAAGCUAUAAUUGUAGUUUGAUAUAGUAAAGCAAGCUGAUCUUUAUUGAAAACUUUUUGAAGUAAUUAAGUAGGCGUUUGUUCAAAA